AUGCCACCUGAAGAAGUGGAGUUGAAAAAAGUUCGACGCCUGGAGUACUGCGAAGCAUUUUGCUUGCUUCUAACUCUGCUAGCAUUUGCUGAUGUUUAUUCGCGGAUCGGUGAGUUGGAGCUCAGUUGUUGGAAGGAAGGAAGUGAAAACGGCCGACGAGUGCGCCGAGCAGCAGCACCUCCACCACCAUUCCGAACAAUGCUAAAUGCGUCGAAAAGCGAUGUUUUAAUGAGCUCGUUAUCCAAAAUUAAGGCUAAUGAAAUGUUAGCAAAGUGCUUGGAAAUACAUCAGUACUGUACGGAUCAGGCAGGCACUGAACGAGGGCCACCGGGACCAAUUGGGCCACCCGGACCACCAGGCAAUCCUGGUGUGCCUGGACCACCGGGACGAGAUGGUCUGAUGGGUAUGCCGGGACCACCGGGUCCAGAAGGUGACAUUUUUUUUGUUUAG